AUGCCCAAGAGAAAGGCUGAAGGGGAUACUAAAGGCGAUAAAGCCAAGGUGAAGGACAAACCACAGAGAAGAUGCGUGAGGUUGUCUGCCAAACCUGCUCCUCCAAAGCCAGAGCCCAAGCCUAAAAAUAUCCCUGCAAGGAAGGGAGAGAAGUUACCCAAAGGGAAAAAGGGAAAAAGAAAAGCUGAUGCUGGCAAGGAGGGGAAUAACCCGGUAGAAAAUAGGGAUGCCAAAACAGACUAG